AUGUCCGAUGAGGUCGCCGCAUCCGGGGAGGUCAGUAUCAGCGGGUGUCUUGAUCAAAACUUGACAUUUCGGGCUGUUUCAAAUGUUAGUCUCCUCAAAGACAUGCAGCCAUGGGACACCGUUACAGAAUACUUUGCCUAG